AAGUCUCUGAUCAUCACAACUGAAGCCAAGCUUUUAAACUUCAUCAUGACCUCCUUGCCUCAUGCCAAAGCUAAAACUACUGUUGAUAUCUUCAAACUGUUAAACCAACAGCAUCCACGUGAGAACCUCUUGUUCUCCCCUGUGAACCUCACCUCAGCAUUGGGCCUGACUGCUUAUGCAUCUGGAGGUGAACAGGCAGCUGAGAUUGAGAAGGUCCUGCACUGGGAUGAAGUGAAAGAGUAUGAGAGACCUAGAAACAGAAGACAUUUGGAAGCAGCCCAAAAUGCUGGACAUACAGCAAUCAGCCUAAGAACUUCAAACGUGCAAGAAAAAGGUGGUACAUGCCCCAAACCAAGACCCCAUCCUGAGCCAGCCAAACCUGAGUCAAAGUUCCCCAAAUCAAGACCCCAUCCUGAACCAGCACAUCCUAACCGUUCUGACAGCAGACAAACCAUUCACCAUCCAAAUCCCCAUCCUCAACCAGUCGAACAUGAGCCAACAUCUGACACACCAAGACCCCGUUAUCAGCCAGCCGAACCUGAGCCAACAUCCAAGAGACUAAUACCGCAUCCUGAACCAGUCAAACCUCAGCCAUCACUCAAAUCAAGACCCCAUCCUAAAUCAGCACAUCCUAACCCUUCUGACAGCAGACGAAGCAUUCACCAUCCUCAUAAUCAUCCUGAGCCAGCUGAACCCGAGCCAAUAUCUGACAAACCAAGACCCCAUCAUGAGCCAGCCGAACCUGAGCCAACAUCCCCCAAAUCAAGACCCCAUCGUGAACCAGCACAUCCUAACCCUUCUGACAGCAGACGAAGCAUUCACCAUCUUCCGAAUCGUCCUGAACCAGCUGAACCUGAGCCAACAACCGAUAAACCAAGACACCAUCCUGAAACAGCCGAACAUGAGCCAACAUCCGACAAACCAAGACGCCAUCCUGAACCAGCUAAACAUGAGCCAACAACCGACAAACCAAGACGCCGUCCUGAACCAGCUGAACAUGAGCCAUCCGACAAACCAAGACCCUAUCAUGAGCCAGCUGAACAUGAGCCAACAACCAACAAACCAAGACGCCAUCCUGAACCAGCUGAACAUGAGCCAACAUCUGACAAACCAAGACGCCGUCCUGAACCAGCUGAACAUGAGCCAACAUCCGACAAACCAAGACCCUAUCAUGAGCCAGCUGAACAUGAGCCAACAACCGACAAACCAAGACGCCAUCCUGAAACAGCUGAACAUGAGCCAACAUCCGACAAACCAAGACACCAUCCUGAACCAGCUGAACAUGAGCCAACAACCAACAAACCAAGACGCCAUCCUGAACCAGCUGAACAUGAGUCAACAACCGACAAACCAAGACCCCAUCAUCAGCCAGCCGAACAUGAGCCAACAACCGACAAACCAAGACGCCAUCCUGAACCAGCCGAACAUGAGCCAACAACUGACAAACCAAAACGCCGUCCUGAACCAGCUGAACAUGAGCCAACAUCCGACAAACCAAGACCCUAUCAUGAGCCAGCUGAACAUGAGCCAACAACCGACAAACCAAGACGCCAUCCUGAAACAGCUGAACAUGAGCCAACAUCCGACAAACCAAGACGCCAUCCUGAACCAGCUGAACAUGAGCCAACAACCAACAAACCAAGACGCCAUCCUGAACCAGCUGAACAUGAGUCAACAACCGACAAACCAAGACCCCAUCAUCAGCCAGCCGAACAUGAGCCAACAACCGACAAACCAAGACGCCAUCCUGAACCAGCCGAACAUGAGCCAACAACUGACAAACCAAGACGCCAUCCUGAACCAGCUGAACAUGAGCCAACAUCUGACAAACCAAGACGCCAUCCUGAACCAGCUGAACAUGAGCCAACAUCCGACAAACCAAGACGCCAUCCUGAACCAGCUGAACCUGAGCCAACAUCUGACAAACCAAGACCCCGUCCUGAAACAGCCGAACAUAAGCCAACAUCUGACAAACCAAGAUCCCAUCAUGAGCCAGCCGAACAUGAGCCAAUGACCGACAAACCAAGACGCCAUCCUGAACCAGCCGAACAUGAGCCAACAACCGACAAACCAAGACGCCGUCCUGAACCAGCUGAACCUGAGCCAACAACCGACAAACCAAGACACCAUCCUGAACCAGCUGAACAUGAGCCAACAUCCGACAAACCAAGACCCUAUCAUGAGCCAGCUGAACAUGAGCCAACAACUGACAAACCAAGACGCCGUCCUGAACCAGCCGAACAUGAGCCAACAACCGACAAACCAAGACGCCAUCCUGAACCAGCUGAACAUGAGCCAUCAUCUGACAAACCAAGACCCCAUCGUGAACCAGCACGUCCUAACCCUUCUGACAGCAGACGAAGCAUUCACCAUCCUCUGAAUCGUCGUGAGCCAGCUGAACCUGAGCCAACAUCCGACAAACCAAGACCCCAUCAUGAGCCAGCUGAACAUGAGCCAACAACCGACAAACCAAGACACCGUCCUGAACCAGCCGAACAUGAACCAACAUCCGACAAACCAAGACCCUAUCAUGAGCCAGCUGAACAUGAGCCAACAACCAACAAACCAAGACGCCGUCCUGAACCAGCUGAACCUGAGCCAACAUCCGACAAACCAAGACCCCAUCAUGAGCCAGCCGAACAUGAACCAACAACCGACAAGCCAAGACGCCGUCCUGAACCAGCUGAACAUGAGCCAACAUCUGACAAACCAAGACCCCAUCGUGAACCAGCUGAACCUGAGCCAACAUCCAACAAACCAAGACCCCAUCAUGAGCCACACGAACAUGAGCCAACAACCGACAAACCAAGACGCCAUCCACGCCACCCUGAAACAGCCAAACAUGAGCCAACAUCUGACAAACCAAGACCCCAUCAUGAGCCAGCCGAACCUGAGCCAACAUCCAACAAACCAAGACGCCAUCCUGAAACAGCUGAACAUGAGCCAACAUCCGACAAACCAAGACCCCAUCAUGAGCCAGCCGAACAUGAGCCAACAACUGACAAACCAAGACGCCGUCCUGAACCAGCCGAACAUGAGCCAACAUUCGACAAACCAAGACCCUAUCAUGAGCCAGCUGAACAUGAGCCAACAACCGACAAACCAAGACGCCAUCCUGAACCAGCUGAACAUGAGCCAACAUCCGACAAACCAAGACCCCGUCCUGAACCAGCCGAACAUGAGCCAACAUCCGACAAACCAAGACCCCAUCGUGAGCCAGCCGAACAUGAGCCAACAACUGACAAGCCAAGACGCCGUCCUGAACCAGCCAAUCAUGAGCCAACAUCUGACAAACCAAGACCCCAUCAUGAGCCAGCCGAACAUGAGCCAACAACUGACAAACCAAGACGCCGUCCUGAACCAGCCGAACAUGAGCCAACAUUCGACAAACCAAGACCCUAUCAUGAGCCAGCUGAACAUGAGCCAACAACCGACAAACCAAGACGCCAUCCUGAACCAGCUGAACAUGAGCCAACAUCCGACAAACCAAGACCCCGUCCUGAACCAGCCGAACAUGAGCCAACAUCCGACAAACCAAGACCCCAUCGUGAGCCAGCCGAACAUGAGCCAACAACUGACAAGCCAAGACGCCGUCCUGAACCAGCCAAUCAUGAGCCAACAUCUGACAAACCAAGACCCCAUCAUGAGCCAGCCGAACAUGAGCCAACAACCGACAAACCAAGACCCCAUCGUGAACCAGCCGAACAUGAGCCAACAUCCGAUAAACCAAGACGCCGUCCUGAACCAGCUGAACAUGAGCCAACAUCCAACAAACUAAGUCCCCAUCGUGAGCCAGCUGAACAUGAACCAACAACUGGCAAACCAAGACGCCAUUCUGAACCAGCCGAACAUGAGCCAACGAUUGACAAACCAAGACCCCAUCCUGAACCAGCACGUUCUAACCCUUCCGACAGCAGACGAAGCAUUUACCAUCCUCAUCAUCAUCCUGAGCCAGCCAAACCUGAGCCAACAUCCGAGAAACCAAGACCCCGUCUUGAACCAGCCGAACAUGAGCCAACAUCCGACAAGUCAAGACCCCGUCCUGAACCAGCUGAACAUGAGCCAUCUGACAAACCAAGACGCCGUCCUGAACCAGCCGAACAUGAGCCAACAUCUGAUAAACCAAGAUCCCAUCGUGAACCAGCUGAACAUGAGCCAACAUCCGACAAACGAAGACCCCAUCCUGAACCAGCCGAACAUGAGCCAACAUCUGACAAACCAAGACACCAUCCUGAAGGAGCCGAACAUGAGCCAACAUCUGACAAACCAAGACUCCAUCGUGAGCCAGCCGAACAUGAGCCAACAACUGACAAACCAAGUCCCCGUCCUAAACCAGCCGAACCUGAGCCAACAUCCGACAAACCAAGACGACGUCCUGAACGAGCUGAACGUGAGCCAACAUCCGACAAACCGAGACGCAGUCCUGAACCAGCUGAACAUGAACCAACAUCUGACAAACCAAGACCCCAUCGUGAGCCAUCCAAACCUGAACCAACGUCCCCCAAAUCACGACCCCGUUCUGAACCAGCACAUCCUAACCCUUCCGACAGCAGACGAACCAUUCACCAUCCAAGUCCUCAUCCUGAGCCAGCUGAACCUGAGCCAACAUCUGACAAACCAAGACCCCGUACUGAACCAGCUGAGCAUGAGCCAAAAUCUGACAAACCAAGACCCCAUCAUGAGCCAGCCGAACCUGAGCCAACAUCCCCUGAACCAGCACAUCCUAAACCUUCUGACAGCAAACAAACCAGCCCUCAUCCUGAGCCUAAGCAAUGUCCAGAAACAGAUGUUCCUGAUUAUGUAUGUGAGAAGCCUGAAGCAGUCCAUACAGCAUGCAGCAAAAUUAUUGCAGCUCUUAAUGAGACCAGCACCAACUAUGUACUAAGUUUUGCCAACAAGCUCUAUGGAAACAGGGACAUUAACUUCAAACUGAAAUUCAUUUCCUGUGCUCUGAAACUGUACUUGACUGAAGUGGAGGGAGCUGAUUUGCAUAAUGCCCCAGAGGAAGUGUGGAGACUGAUCAACCUUUGGGUUGAAAUCCAGACACACGGUAAAAUCAAGGACCUGCUCCCCAAGCACAGCUUUGAUUGUCUUGCUCAGCUGCUGUUCGUGAACGCUCUCUACUUCAAAGGACAAUGGGAAGUGAAAUUUGACAAAGAACUCACAGAAGAAGCCCUGUUUUAUCCACACAGUGAAGAUCAGAGGAAUUAUUAUACCGUGCAGUUGAUGCACAGGAAGGGUGUCUACAACACAGGGAUAAUCGAUAUAGGCAAUGUUCACGUCCAGGUUCUUGAGAUCCCCUACAAAAACAAUGAACUCAGCCUUUUUGUGUUGCUACCAAUAGACUACAGUGCAGAAGCUCUUCAAAAGCUGGAAGAUGGACUUAGGUAUGAGCAUCUGCUUGAUUUGUCCUAUCAUCUGAAGCCUGCAGUGGUGGAUGUGGCCAUUCCCAAAUUCAGCUCAGAGAAGAGCAUUGAAGUCAAUCAAUACUUGAAUCUGCCAGGUCUGACUGAUCCUGAAAAAGCUGAUUUCUCUGCAGCAACAACAACACAAGGUGUGGCUCUGACUCAGCUUGUCCACGAUACCUUUCUCGAGAUUGAUGAGGAGGGUGGUGAAGAAGCAGAGGCACCUCCUCACUCCAAGGAUAGGCGCCCACAUCGGGAAGCUGUGGCGGUUCAGGCUGACCAUCCUUUCCUCUACUUUGUCAAGCACAACUCGACCCAAAGCAUCAUUGCUCUUGGUAGAUUCUCUAAACCAGAAUAAAGGAAAAGUUCAGAUUCAUAUAAUGAAAUAAUGGAAAAUGAAUAUGGAAAAUGUUUUUUAGAAAAAUUCCUUCUUUCUCCCCUCUUUGCCGCAUAUGCUGCAAUUCCAAUCAUUGCACAGAUUUCACCAAAGAGAAAUUUUAUUUGGUGGUGGGCCUAAUUUUCAUGGUAUGACAACGAUGUUUUAAAGGAUUCUUGCUGCACCUGUCUGAAGUUCCUUCUGCUACUAUUUUACAUCAGGACAUCUUUUUAAAGAAUUUUUUUCCUCCUGAGCUCUGAGUAUUGUCCUAGCUCUAGAACAGAAAUCCAGUUCUCCAGAGCAAACAACUAAACCAAAAUGUCUGUAUUCUGUAAGUAAGAUAUCUUGUGUCCCGUUAAGAUCUCUAAUGCAGGGCAAUAUUCAGGAAGUGCAGUUUCCCCCAUUACUAUAGCACUGUGAUGGAAGAUGCUGCCUCUCUCUGGACCAGAGCUCAUUAUAAAAAUGACAUACAGAGAUGGAGCCCGGAGGCAGGAAAAUGUCACUACUCUGGUUCUGCUUCCUGAUGCAAGUCUUCAAGUUGCUUCAUGAUGCAGUCCUGCUUGAACAAUCGCAACACAUUUGUAUGCCUUCUGCUGAAUUACAUUGCCUAAAGUCAGCAUGAGGCUUCCGUCCUUUAUCCACUUAUCUGGAAGGAAGCUCUAUUGAACUCUGUGGGACUUACUUCUGAGUACAUAUGUAUAGGUUUGCACUAUUAAAUAGACCAUAGACUGGCUCUUUUAAAUUAAAAUAUUAUAGCGUUGCUUGUGAGACUACAGCUUUCCUUUCAAACUUACAAUACCUUAUUGCAUCUUUUUUUCUGAAGCUACUCAAUAUCUGAAUAAAGAAAGCAUUUAAUAAAA